UUGUUCCACUCUAGCAGCACGUAAAUAUUGGCGUAGUGAAAUAAAUAUUAAACACCAAUAUUAUUGUGCUGCUUUAGUGUGACAGGGAUAUAGCAACUCAUUUCUGUUUGUUAUUUCCCUUUAAGAUAACAGUUUAGAUAAAAAUCUUUUGAUAAUCUGUCCCUUUUGUUUAUUGAUAUUUAAAUAUAAAAUAAUAUAAAAACCAUAUACUUGAUAUCACAACAAGUUUUCCUGGGUACCUAAUGUAAUAUUUUUAACAUUAUACUUGCAUAAAGGUUUACUCUGGGUGAAUUUAAUUUGUUUAUGAGGACCUAAUUUCUUAAACCAAUACUGUUAGUAUCAGUUCUUAGAAAUAUAAACACUAGGUUCCUGGUAUUUUUUUUUUAUUAUUAGACCUUGUAUUUUAUUUGUUUCUUGCUUUUUGCUUGCUUGUUUGUUUAUUUUUCCACUUUUGGUGUGAUUAUGGAAGUAAAAGUAUAUUCUGAUAGUGUAACAGAAGGAAAAUUUUGUCUUUCCUACUUUUUUUUUUUUUUAAAUACAGCCUUGUUAGGGACUAUGAAAUUGCUGUUUUGAUUUAAAGGCUUUUUUUAAAAUACUAUCCCAGUCUACUAAGAGCAUAAAUAAAAUGUAAAAAGAGAGAUUGUUAUGCAGAGCAGCUGUGCCUUGUACAGUACAUCUUGUGCUACUGAUUUUGAAAAUAAGUUGGGAGUUUCAAUGUGAUUUAAAAUGUUCUGUUGUGUAACUAAGUGUUCCACUAACAUACUUUUCACAAAUUUCACAUUAUAUUCUUAAGGCAUUAUUAUUAUUUGAGGCAUACACAGUAUAAAAGACAAAUGAUAAUUUUCUAGAAUACCCCUUAAAUAUCAGAACAGUGCAUUUACAAUAAUUUAGUGAACCAGUGUUACUUAAAAGUAAAUAUUGAAAAGAAUCAGUUGCAGAUAUAUGUGUAAAUAAGAUUUGGAUUUAUAUAGCUGUAAUCUUAUGCCACUGUAGGUAUUUUGCUUUGUUUUUUAAAUGAAUUGUACUGUUUAUAGAUUUCCAUUUUUUCAGGAAUUUGGCUUAAUUAAUUGGAUAAAAAGUUGUAUUUCUUUAUAAUCUUAAAUUUAAUGGUGGUAACAGUUUUGUAGGGAAUUAUACUAAUCUUUGGUUUAUUCUUUGCUGUGUGCUUUAUUUUAUUCUGAGAUCAGUUUUAUGCCAGUACAAAAUAGACUAUAUUUUAGAUCUUGUAAAGUUUUUGUACAAUUUACUUCUACAUAAUUUGCUAAUGAAGAAAACUGAUAAAGUAAAUUCCCAAAGAGAUAAAUAAGUUGUUGAGCUUAUAUUAACGCCUACUUCUAGAGUACUAAAGAUGAUUGAUUGUUGGUCCUCCUAACUGAACCCUUGUCACAAUUAAACUUUUAUAUUCUUUCCAAAGAAUACUAAGUUGAACAUUCUAAUUAACAUUCAGUUUGAUUUGGUUGAACUUAGAUAAGAACUUUAGCAACUAGAUAGAACUCAGAAUUCUAUUAAAUUUGAAAGUGGAAGUAGUUUCUGAGUUUUUCUUAGCUCCUUAUCAAAAAUCUUUGAUUCUUCAACUAGUAAGAUUUAAAUCGUGUGAAGGAAGGUAAGUACUAUUGUAGCUUUUAUUUCAUUCUCUCUUCACUAACAUUUGUUAGGGGGGGCUAGAAAAUUGAAGAUAGUUAUCAUAGUAUUAGCAUCCAGGGUGUAAGUAUGCAGAGACAGUGAUAAUGAUUACAUCAUAUGUAAUCUAAAUUUAGAAAAAGCAAGUUUUUAAAUAUUAAAAUGAACUAAAUUUUAGAAAUGGAAAAGGCUUUUAUACUAGUUAUAGAUUGAUGUUUCUUUAAGCCUUGCUAUUAUCCAGAUCCAGGUUUCACUGUUUAAAUGUGUUUCUAGUGAGGCACUGUGCUAAGAUUAGUCUAAAAAUGCAUAAAGGCUAUUUCUUAUCCUUAUGGACAGCUAUACAUGGGUGUGUGUACUUCACAAGAAGUCACAUAGUUGGUUGACCAUUGGUUUACAUAGUUUUGUAUGUUCCAGGAGAGACUAUGAUGUUUAAGACUUACUGGCCCAAACAAGAAAGGUUUUAUUAUUAGCCGCCAUUUGUCUGUCCCUGAGCAUCCCAUCUCCCACUCCCGUGCCUUUUCCUUUGCUGUUACAAUGCUUACAGAGCAGGGAAGCGACAGAAUUUUCUUCAUUCGAGUCAAUAAGUUACCUGGAAAUCAGCCUUAGCUGCUGCUUGGUGAAGUUGAACAGAUUGCUAUGAUGAAACCCAAAGGCCAGACUGAACAUGAUGAAGGUAUGCUUGAGUAUUUAGAAGAUAUAAUUGGCUGUGGACGGCUAAAUGAACCUAUUAAAGUCUUGUGUCGGAGAGUUGAAAUAUUAAAUGAACACAGAGGAGAAAAGUUAAAUAGAGUGAAAAUGGUAGAAAAGGAGAAGGAUGCACUAGAGGGAGAGAAAAACAUAGCCAUUGAGUUCCUUACCCUGGAAAAUGAAAUGUUUAAGAAAAAGAAUCACAUCUGUCAAUACUACAUUUAUGAUCUGCAGAAUAGAAUUGCUGAAAUAACGACUCAAAAGGAAAAAAUUCAUGAAGAUACUAAAGAAAUUACUGAGAAGAGCAAUGUGCUUUCCAAUGAAAUGAAAGCGAAGAAUUCAGCUGUAAAGGAUGUAGAAAAGAAGCUCAAUAAAGUUACAAAAUUUAUCGAACAGAAUAAAGAAAAAUUUACACAACUAGAUUUGGAAGAUGUUCAAGUUAGGGAAAAAUUAAAACAUGCUACAAGUAAAGCCAAGAAACUGGAGAAACAACUUCAAAAAGAUAAAGAAAAGGUUGAAGAGCUGAAAAGUGUACCUGCCAAGAGUAAGACUGUCAUAAAUGAGACAACAACUAGAAACAAUUCGCUUGAGAAAGAAAGAGAGAAAGAAGAAAAAAAAUUAAAAGAGGUCAUGGACAGCCUUAAGCAGGAAACACAGGGGCUUCAGAAAGAAAAGGAGAUUCAAGAAAAGGAACUUAUGGGUUUUAACAAAUCAGUAAAUGAAGCACGUUCAAAGAUGGAAGUUGCUCAGUCAGAACUUGAUAUCUAUCUCAGUCGACAUAAUACAGCAGUGUCUCAAUUAAGUAAGGCGAAGGAAGCCUUAAUUACAGCUUCUGAGACUCUCAAGGAGAGGAAAGCUGCAAUCAAGGAUAUAAACACAAAGCUCCCUCAGACGCAACAGGAACUAAAGGAGAAAGAAAAAGAACUUCAGAAACUGACACAAGAAGAAAUAAACUUAAAAAGUUUGGUUCAUGAUCUUUUCCAAAAAGUUGAAGAAGCAAAGAGUUCCUUAGCAAUGAAUCGAAGUAGGGGGAAAGUACUUGAUGCAAUAAUUCAAGAAAAAAAAUCAGGCAGGAUCCCAGGAAUAUAUGGAAGAUUGGGAGACUUAGGAGCUAUUGAUGAAAAAUAUGACAUUGCUAUUUCAUCCUGUUGCCAUGCAUUGGACUACAUUGUUGUUGAUUCUAUUGAUACAGCCCAAGAAUGUGUAAACUUCCUUAAAAAGCAUAAUAUUGGGAUUGCAACUUUCAUAGGUUUGGAUAAGAUGACAGUGUGGGCCAAAAAAAUGAGCAAAAUUCAAACUCCUGAAAAUACUCCUCGGUUAUUUGAUCUAGUUAAAGUGAAAAAUGAGGAAAUCCGCCAAGCCUUUUACUUUGCUUUACGAGAUACCUUGGUGGCUAACAAUUUGGAUCAAGCUACAAGAGUAGCGUACCAAAGAGACAGACGCUGGAGAGUAGUGACUCUGCAGGGACAGAUCAUAGAACAGUCAGGUACAAUGAGUGGCGGUGGAAGCAAGGUGAUGAGAGGAAGGAUGGGCUCUUCGGUUAUCGAUGAAAUCUCUGUAGAAGAGGUAAAUAAGAUGGAAUCCCAGUUGGAAAGGCAUUCUAAACAAGCAAUGCAAAUCCAAGAACAGAAAGUACAACAUGAAGAAGCAGUAGUUAAGUUACGGCACAGUGAACGAGACAUGAGAAAUACACUGGAAAAGUUCGCUGCAAGCAUCCAGGGCUUAUCAGAGCAAGAAGAGUAUCUGUGUGUACAAAUUAAAGAACUGGAAGCUAACGUUCUUACUACGGCCCCUGACAGAAAACAACAGAAACUGCUGGAAGAAAAUGUCAGUGUUUUCAAAAAAGAAUAUGAUGCUGUGGCUGAGAAAGCUGGUAAAGUUGAAGCUGAGAUUAAACGGCUACACAAUACCAUCAUAGAUAUCAACAACCGAAAACUCAAGGCCCAGCAAAACAAACUUGACACGAUAAAUAAGCAGCUUGAUGAAUGUGCUUCUGCUAUUACUAAGGCCCAAGUAGCAAUCAAGACUGCUGACAGAAAUCUUAAAAAGGCACAGGAUUCUGUUUGCCGCACAGAGAAAGAAAUAAAAGACACUGAAAAAGAAAUAAAUGACUUAAAGACAGAGCUAAAAAAUAUUGAAGACAAGGCAGAAGAGGUCAUAAACAAUACAAAAACUGCAGAGACAUCCUUACCAGAAAUCCAGAAAGAACAUCGUAAUCUACUUCAGGAACUAAAAGUUAUUCAAGAAAAUGAACAUGCUCUUCAGAAAGAUGCACUUAGUAUUAAGUUGAAACUUGAACAGAUAGAUGGCCACAUUUCUGAACAUAACUCAAAAAUAAAAUACUGGCAAAAAGAGAUUUCAAAAAUAAAAUUGCAUCCUGUUGAAGAUAAUCCUGUUGAGACAGUAGCAGUUCUAAGCCAGGAGGAGCUUGAGGCAAUCAAGAAUCCAGAGUCUAUAACAAAUGAAAUUGCACUUUUGGAAGCUCAGUGUCGUGAAAUGAAACCAAACCUUGGAGCCAUCGCUGAGUAUAAAAAAAAGGAAGAUUUAUAUUUGCAAAGAGUAGCCGAACUGGACAAAAUUACUUCUGAAAGAGAUAAUUUUAGACAAGCAUAUGAAGAUCUUCGAAAACAAAGGCUGAAUGAAUUUAUGGCUGGUUUUUACGUAAUAACAAAUAAACUAAAAGAAAACUACCAGAUGCUCACAUUGGGAGGAGAUGCUGAACUGGAGCUUGUGGACAGUUUAGAUCCUUUUUCUGAAGGAAUCAUGUUCAGUGUUCGGCCACCUAAGAAAAGUUGGAAGAAGAUCUUUAACCUCUCAGGAGGCGAGAAAACCCUUAGUUCCUUGGCCUUAGUGUUUGCUCUUCAUCACUACAAGCCCACUCCCCUCUACUUCAUGGAUGAGAUUGAUGCAGCUCUGGAUUUUAAAAAUGUGUCUAUUGUUGCAUUUUAUAUAUAUGAGCAAACAAAAAAUGCCCAGUUCAUAAUAAUCUCUCUUCGAAAUAAUAUGUUUGAGAUUUCAGACAGACUUAUUGGCAUCUAUAAAACAUAUAAUAGUACAAAAAGUGUUGCAGUGAACCCAAAACAAAUUGCGUCUAAAGGACUCUGUUGAAGUUGUUCACACUGAAAAUUUUCAAAUCUAGAUUGGGUGUUCUAGUUUUGUCUGUAAAAGACUGUAAGUUGUAUAAAAUACAUUUUUCUAAAUUGAA